GCAAGGUACUAGACUCGUGUACUGUGCACGGCACAGAUGUCUGUGCUCUGCCCAAAAUACUGCAGAUCGCAUGGUUUUGCCAUGAGUAUUGGGUCAUGUGUCAGUGUCCUGAUGGUCAUACCAACUUGUCUUGAGCCAUUCUGAGAGUGUGCUGCAAUGAAUCAUCCGAUCCCUGAAGGUUCUGUUGCCAGAGCUGACAACGAAUCUUACAGUAAAAUACAAGGCGACAACUAUAUCACACAGGGGUGCACUGUUCCCAGCCACGACGGGUGCCGCAUUAGCAGCAAGAUUGACCACGAACAAGGAAAUAACGGCACUGUAGCACAACCUACAAGACCAGUUGUCGUUGUCAAGGCUAGCCCUUGCAGUCUCCGCUACUUGACAGUUCCUUUGACAUCAAAGAAGAUGAUGCCAAGUCCAAAAGUGAUGAAGCUCAAAGAGGAAUCAUAUGCACUGAUAUCCAAGCUACGGUGGUCGGAUGCACAGCGGCUACUGACGCCCUAUACCGAUGAGGUUGGGAACCCCAAGUCAGUGACACCCAAGCAGUUGCAGGACUUGCAGGCACUGGUCCUCGCGCAUCUGGGUGGAACCCUGCUGUGAUGUUGCCUGAUGAAUUGACAAGAUGUCUGGCUGGCAUUGCAUAUGCAAACCUGCUGAAUGAGAGUGUCUGACAAAACUGCAUUUAGGGGACACUUGUCCUGAGAAUAAUCCCAGAAGCUGAUGCGGUACAAAAUCACAUCAGAAUUGCGCAUGUGCAGCUGCAGCAGCUGAAGUCUGUAAAAGUUGCUAUUGUC